CCUGUCACGUGGCCACACCUGUCCCCGUUUCCCCUCACACAGAGGCAGCCGGCCCGCCUGUCGCCCCACGUGCGCGGGAGAGUCGCCCCGACGCGGUGCCGCCCGCCCGGGAGGCUCGUUAGUGCUGGGGGGGAGGGGGCGUGCCCGCCCGCGGCAUGGCGGAGAGCGGCGCCUGGCUGCUGGUGCUGAGCUCCGUCUUCCUCUGCAACGCUCUCAAGAUCCUCCUGCCGUCCUGCUCAUCCAUCAUAUCCAGAUUGUUACAAAAGGAUGCAGAGCAGGAGUCCCAAAUGAGAGCUGAAAUUCAGAACAUGAAGCAAGAACUCUCAACCAUUAGUAUGAUGGAUGAGUUUGCUAGAUACGCUCGUCUGGAAAGAAAGAUUAACAAAAUGACUGACAAGCUUAAAACUCAUGUGAAAGCACGAACUGCCCAAUUAGCCAAAAUAAAGUGGGUUAUAAAUAUUGUAUUCUACAUCUUACAAGCUGCUUUGAUGAUCUCUCUGAUUUGGAAGUACUAUUCUGAGCCAGUGACAGUGCUUCCAAGCAAAUGGCUUGCUCCACUGGAGCGCCUAGUAGCCUUUCCCACGGGGGUGGCAGGUGGUGUUGGAAUUACAUGUUGGCUUGUGGUUUGUAAUAAAGUUGUAGCUAUCAUGCUACACCCUUUCAGCUGAAGGAAUCCCAGUAAUCCAUGGAGUCUUCAACUACAUUUUCAUUAUCACUGUUUUAAAUGAAUAGAAAAAAGAAAAAAGGAACAGUUGUCUUUCACGAGGUGUGAGAUAAUCUUUGUUACUUCAUUUGGAUAUCAGUCAGUAUUCUUUUUGAUUUAUUUUAUCUUUCCCUAGUUUGUUUUUUCAGUUUGGUGGUCAGUUUUCAAAGAGUACCAUCACUGUAGGACCUCAUUUUGUGUCUAUUUUGAUUAAGUAUGAACACUGAUUCAUGGCAGAACCGUAAGGCUUUGUCAUGGCAUAUUCACCAAUAUCUAAAAGCAUUGGAUUUGUUUUUAAGUUGGAAACACGCUGGCGUUAGGAAUUAAUUUGGGAGCUUUACUGUAUAAUAUGGCAGUUUCACCCAGAGGUGGGAUUAUGUUUGGUGACAAGCAGUACUAGAGGACAGAGGUGUAGGUGUUGUGGUUGGCUUAGUGUAAAGCAGAAUUAGUUUCCUCAUUGUUAUUUUUUACACUAGAAUUGGUGUAUUCUUGGGCUGUCUCAGAAAAUGCAGUAUUGACAUAUGUGCAGAAUCAACCUUUUAUCUCUUAAGAGACUCACUCAGUUGCCAAAUACAGGAUGGCUGGCUACUUUUUCCUCCCUGACUUUUAAAAUUCAUUGAACACUUGAAUUUUUUCCUAUGUUCCUUUCCUUCCUUGACAUUUUUUCUGCUUCCCAAACUGAAUGAGCAUGACUGAAACUAUUUCUUUCCAUGUUUUGGGAGGAAAGGUCUGGCCAUUUUUCUCAAGCUGCAUGUUAAGAAAGAGAAGGUAGAAGACACCUUCGGAGGACUACGUUCCUAGGGCUUUAGCAUAUAUUCAUGACAGUCUGGGAUAGCCUGAAACAGCUAUGGAAAUGUAAAAAGGCAAAUUAGCCAUUUAAAUGUCUGAUGAAUGGUAGCAAGUAGGAGCAGGAGGGAAAACAAUUUUCUGUUUUGGACCAAAUCUUUCUUGCUCUAUUUAAGUACAGGGAACAGUCACAAUAUUUUGAAUUUAAAGGUGAACAGAAUUCUUCCUAGUACCGUGCCUGUAGAACAGCGACAAAGUUGCGUUAUCUUCCCUGCCACGGUGGUAUCUGCAACCCUGUCGUUGCUGCCCCGUAAGACAAAUAGGUGGGUUUAUAAAGUUCUUGUUCCACACCUCCUUUUUAUUUUUGAUGUGAGCCUGAACAAAGCUCUGAGCGACGCCUUUCCCUCUUCUGCUGGGCUUUGGCAAUUCUGGUUCCGCUUCCCACUUUGUAUGGCGGAAUCCGUUUGUUACGUUAUUUCAGGUCCUUCAGCUUCCUGCAGGAGCAAAGGGGCUAGGGCCCCUCUGUGAUUAGCACUGCAUUGAGAAAUUAAUUCAAAAGGUCAUGAUACAUUGUAUAUAUGCAUUAAUUUUAUUUUUUAAUGUUAAUUUUUAAAAAAUGGUUUUAUGUUAGGGAUGACAUUUAGCCAACAUGAAAAUGGAUGCAUUAAGUAUCAUCAAGAAAAAAAAUGUUGUGAUUGAAUGUUAUGUAUAAUUGUGGUUUUAUUAACUAAAUAAAGCUUUUCAAUCCAUCUCA